CCAUCUUCCAGUGACUUGCUGUGCCAGCAGCUAUGGCUAAUAAAGGUCCUUCAUAUGGAAUGAGCCGUGAGGUUCAAUCUCGUAUUGAGAAGAAGUAUGAUGAGGAACUAGAGCAGCGUCUAGUGCAGUGGAUCUGUAUUCAGUGCGGUGAUGAUGUAGGAACACCAGAACAAGGAAGGCUAGGCUUUCAACAAUGGCUGAAGAAUGGCCUGGUUCUUUCAAAGCUGAUAAACAGUCUGUACCCAAAGGGAUCCCAGCCAGUGAAGAUCCCUGAUCCCCCUCCCAGCAUGGUGUUUAAGCAGAUGGAACAAGUGGCUCAGUUCCUGAGGGCAUCUGAAGAUUAUGGGGUGGUUAAAACAGACAUGUUCCAGACUGUAGACCUGUAUGAAGGAAAGGACAUGGCGGCUGUGCAAAGAACAAUUGUGGCACUUGGAAGCAUUGCUGUUACAAAGAAUGAUGGCCAAUACAAAGGGGACCCAUCUUGGUUUAUGAAGAAAGCCCAGGAACACAAACGGGACUUCUCUGAUGAGAAACUGAAGGAAGGAAAGAAUAUCAUUGGCUUGCAGAUGGGUAGCAACCAAGGCGCCACCCAGUCUGGGAUGACAGGAUAUGGUCGCCCAAGACAAAUUAUCAGCUAAAAAAAAAAAUUGGCAUAAUUAACAACUAUAACCUCUUUGCUGCCAAAAAUACAAAUUCUACACCUAGAAGCAAAGAGGUUAAUGCAUACAGUAAUACAUAUAAGGCCUCACCAUGUACCUAAUCAGAAUGAAAAAUAAUCCAAGUUCUCCAGUAACAGGUAUUAGGCUGGGGCUUUGAAGGGUUUAAUCUGUCAGGUCACCUUGAAAAACUGUAUGCAAAAACUGUCUACAAAAUGUUUAGUACAUUAGUUUUUAAACCUCUUUGGGGACUUACCAAUAGUGGAUAUGCAGAAUUCACACCAUCCAACUUCCUUUGUGGAUACAUUGAAACCAUGCAACUGUUGCUGGGUCCCUGAGGGUUUGAAGACACAUAAUUCAGUAGGUAGUAUUGCAAGCUUACAAUAGAAGCUACCAAGCUGGCUACUUCAGACCCCGAGGAAUCAACAGCUGGCUGGCUGUGGAACUGUUUUUAUGAGUUAUACAGCCAUAGGCAUGGCCCUGAGAAUAGAGCACAUCAAGACAAAGUCACAUACACAGACAGCCAGCUCACUAACAAAUCUAUUGCAGGUAGGGUUGGCACCUGGCUGGUAUUUUACAGACCUGGCCAGUAAAAAUAGGCCAAUGUUAUUAAUAGGGAAAAAUAAUAAAAAUAUUGGAAUUGGUAUUUUUUUCCAGAAAAGGUGACAACCCUAAUUGCAAGUGAAGUUCUGUUGACUACACAUAUUCAUUUACUUAAGCCUUGCAGUGCUGUCUACUUUUCUACUGACUGGCUUUGAUUUCAUCUUCUCUGCAUAAUUUAAUAAAUGAAUUUGUUUUGUAAUUGCAAAAA